ACUGGGGACAGCCUCAAAAAGCCUAGUGGUUAGUUGGAGAUCUUCCCAUGUGACUUGUAGUUGGGGAGCUUUAAAGUUCUGAUGGAAAAAUUAUCGGAUGAUAAACUUAAAAGAAAUAUUCUGGAACGAUUUUGAACAUAUUUCGGAUUUUUACGCCCUUGAAAUUAGUGACCUAAGGGCCCGUUUCGCGAAAGUCCCGGAAACGUUUUGGGUCCUACAAAACCCUAAGAGUAAAAGCGCGGAUCGUAGCCAACAAACCAGAGCACUUUGUUUUGUUAACUAAUAGGUUUAUCGUAUUAUCUGGAAAGCUUUUAAACACUUGGUCUUGAAUGUAAACACAACAGCUUAUCGAGCCCUGCAAUUACCGGGACGUUGGAGGAAUAGACCCUUUAGCUUGUAUCUUUUGUUUUCUCAAUUUCUACCACGUGAUGUUCUGCACGUGCACGUCCUAUGCACGUGAUAUGCACGUGCAAAGGACGAAAUUUGAGAGAAACACUUCUCAGGGGUACCAUCACGUGUUCUGAAAUGGGAAAACAAAACAUUGAACACAGCUCCUCCAAGACUCGAAUUUGACGAGUUUUUCUUGACUGCGUUGUUUGGGGAUGGACAGAGUAAUUCUUUCUGAUUUGCCCCUACAGAGCGCUUGGAAAGAUCCCCAGAAGUAGAAGACUACACGCUGAACUUUGAAGAAUCUGUGAUAUCAUCACACACAGCUACAGAUGAUGAGAUCGACUUCCGGAUGAUUUUGCCAUCUGAGAGCCAUAGGCGCCGGAGUCUGGGUACUACCGGAAGGAGAGGAAGCAUAGGCUCAGAUCAAGGCACUGUUUCCUAUUCUUCAGUAAGUGAUAUUAGGUGUGACAACUUACUUAACAUACUCUUUUGUGGAACGUGUCCUUUGCAAGAACUGGUUUGUUGCUGUUCUACAAUGUUGAGUGCUUGUUAUUCAUGAAUUUGAUGGCUUACAAUUUUUCUCUUUUUUCUCUUUUCUUUUAGGAUGAUAACCACGAAUCGGAUUUUGCAGUUGAUAAGGUACACCUAAGCGCCUAACACCUAUUCCAGUACUCAAGUAAUUGUUAACAUCCAUUAGUCCUCCCUCCUGCACGCACUCAAGCCCGGCUAUGAAUCCAUAUCGUUCUUCUUCUGCUAGCACUGUGCUUUCCCUAAUUACCUUCUGUAGCUUUUUUUGUACUCAUCCCUAGCUUGCAAGGGAAGGCUGAUGUUGUUGUUGUUUUUGUUGGCGUCGGGGGUGGGAGGGGAAACCAGACAAUUGACAGAGAUAGGCAAGUCAGUCAGGCAAGAAAAUGUUAUUUUGUCCCAACUCACCGUACGAUUCACUUCAUUUUUCAUUCUUACCUCCCAAGUCGACCUUUGAACUCAACAUUGAGCGUUCCCUCGCCCCCUCCCCCCCAAGUAGUAGGCCCUGCAUUGCAGGCAAACGAAUCUCUUGACGGUCUUUUCCUUUUUUUAGAUGCUAGAAGAUGUUUCUGCGGCG